AUGGCGGACGGCUACCAGCUGUGGGCCCCCUCGCCCCUGGACGAGUCGCUGAGCUGGCUGCGAGGAACGCCGCCGCCGCCUCCGCCCGCCGCCUCGGCGCACCCCUUCCGCUGGGCCGGCCUGCAGGCGGCGGCGGCGGGCGGGCGGCGGGGCGGCGGGGCAGCGCUGCCGCGGCCGCAAGCCGUGAGGUUGCAGAGCCUCGACGCCGUCUUCGAGCGGCUGGUGACGGCGCAGCCGCCGCGCCGCAUUGGCGCCCUGCGUGUGUCGGAGCGCUCGGCUUUCUGCAGGGUGGUGGACCCGCGGCGGUGGCGGGCCUGCGGGCUGCGGGAGGCGGAGGCGCGUGUGGCCGCCGCCAUGUGCCAGCAGAUGAUGCGCGCCAUCCUGCUGCUCUACGCCGCCUACAAGAAGUGCGCCUUCGUCCUGCAGCACUCCCCCUGAGCCCCGGCGGGAACGCCCCUCGGCGGGCAGCGCGCUGUGUGAGCGCUGAGGAGUGCUGGCUCAGAGUCGUGCCCAGAGCUGUCACUCCUUGAAGCCCUGCUGAGGACCUGCGCGCUGAGCAGACGGCCAGAGCCUUACCUUGCGUGGCCUCACACCAGCACAGUGUCCGAACGCAGCUGGUGGAGGCGCGAGGCUGUGGAGGUGGCCACCAGCUCCAUCCGGUGGAUGAAAACCUGUGCACCCCGUGGUGGCUUGCAGGGACGUGACUGCACCAGGCUGCAACACCUGCCUGCGUUUGGGACCCCUGUCAUACUGGUGCUACGGGGAAGCAGGCUUCUGGCUUGCCGUGCUGUGUGGAAUAUUGGUUGGUGUGUCAGAGGACAGGCCUGGAGGGAAGUGCUUACCGAACUGAGAGGUGCUGCUGCUGUAGAGCCGAUGCUGCUGCCAGUACUCAAAGAAAUGGUGUUUACACGUGGUAUAUAGCUACAGGUACAAACUGCAAAACUGGUUCCCCAAGCUUAUGAACUUCAAAGUAAAAUCCUUCAUUUAUUCAUUACUAGGGAAAAGGAGACCUCCAGAAAACCCUCAGGAAGCCCCAAAGAGAACCUGUAGUCUCUUUAGUCUCUUCAUUUUACCACCCUUGUCCAUUACAACUUGAUGAGAAUUAACUGCUUUACAAAGAAUCCAAAUUGCUGUUCAGCAUUCAGAACAAAAUCUCUGCUCAUUUACGACUAGUGAAGGAACUCAUGGCAAUACAGUCUGCAAAGUCAACCCACCUACUUUUCUCUUGGUUGGUUUGUUUUUAUUCAGCUAAAAAGUAGAGGAAUACAUGGAACAAAAGUCAUGCCAGGAAAGUUAUCAAGAAUUUUUGCCCUCUUUAGUUGAAACUUUCAUUACAUUUGAAUGCAUGAGUACGGUGUGUAGCUUGUUCACAGCUAAUGAAAACAACGUGUAAGGAAUGAUUUGCAAAGCUUUUAUCUUCAGAGAAACCUAAAUAAUAUUUCUACUUGUUUUAAAUGCUUUUUAGAAAUACGUGUUUAUAGCUUUUUAGAAAUGUACUGCUUGUAUUUUAGCAGUCCAAAUAAAAAUUGUUCUGAUGUA